GUUACUUUCUAGACGUCAGUAACAACAGCUGACACUACAACCUCACUUUCCAUAUUUUAAUUCGUAUCAUCUUAACAAUAAUGUUGAUAACAUUAAUCAAAAAUAAAUAGUAUUUUAUAUUAAUCACAAUAAUUAUUAAAUUUAAUAAGUGUAAAAGUGUAAUCAUGGGCAAUCAGCUGGUUGGAAUAGCACCAAGUCAAAUUUUUCCAGUUGAACAUUAUUUGACAGAUCACAGUGACCUAUUGUUUGACAUUAACUUAGGAAGCACGAGAUUCUUCAAAGUUGCUCGAGCGAGAAGUCAAGAAGGCUUGAUAGUGGUGAAAGUUUUUGUUAUUCAUGAUCCGACACUUCCUUUGUCAACUUACAAUGAUAAAUUAGAAGAAAUUAGAUCGAAACUUGCGUCAGCUGUCAAUUGUUUGCCCUUUCAAAGAACUAUACUGACAGAGAAAGCUGGGUUUAUUAUGAGAGAGUAUGUAAAGUACUCACUGUAUGACAGAAUCAGCACGAGACCUUUUUUGUCAAAUAUUGAAAAAAAAUGGAUUACGUUUCAAGUUUUGUAUGCACUUCAUCAAGCUCAUAAGUUUGGAGUAUGUCACGGUGAUAUAAAAUUAGAAAAUAUAAUGAUAACAAGUUGGAACUGGGUAUUAUUGACAGACUUUGCCAGUUUCAAGCCUACAUAUUUACCUGAAGAUAACCCAGCUGAUUUUUCAUAUUUCUUUGAUACAUCUAGAAGAAGAACAUGCUACAUAGCACCAGAACGUUUCGUAAAGACUCUAUCAUCAGAACUAAGCAGCACCUUAUUGCUUCCGGAGCAAGAAUUAAAAACCGGCGACUUGCAUCCGACGAUGGACAUAUUUUCCGCGGGAUGUGCUCUAACAGAGCUCUACAACGAAGGGCACCCGCCAUUUGACUUUUCCCAGCUGCUAGCCUACCGAAACAGCGAAUACUCAGCCAGUAAGCACCUGGACAAAAUAGACGAUUCCGGAAUUCGCGAUCUUCUGGCUUCAAUGCUCGAAAAAAAUCCGUCAAACAGAAAAAGCGCUGAGAUUUAUUUAUCCCAGGCCCGAGGAAAAAUCUUCCCCGAGUACUUUUACUCUUUUUUGCAGUCGUACAUGCUAAUAUUUUCCGCAGCUCCGAUAAUGUCUCCCGAUGAAAAAAUAAACCGUCUGAAAAAGGAUAUUUGUAAUAUAAUAAACAUAUUUAAGAGCGAAGAAAUCGUUUCUAGUCGUAAAAAUAGUAAUAAUGAUGACAAGAGCGACAGCAUGAAGAAGAGUAUCAACGGAAGCAACAUUGAAUUGAGCCGUGAAGAUUCAGCAGAGCCUAGUGAGGAGAAUACCAUUAUUGAAGGCGACAGCGAUCAGAGUUUUGACAAAAGUGAUGCUAAUAUUACCAGUGACACUAAAUUGUCCAAGUAUGAAAAUAACAAACCAGUCAACCUCAACUCAGAAGAAACUCUCGGAACUUUGCAGAGAGACGUAGAAGCAGACUUGGAAGAGUUUAAAAUAAAAUCCGACAAGCUUGAAGGGUUGAUAAUAAUAACCCAGCUCGUGACCUCUUGCAUCCGCGGGUUGCAUCACUCCCAAUCAAAAUUACAAAGCCUUGAAAUUCUUUUGGAGUUAGCAGAAAACACUUCGGACGAAACAAUCCUGGACCGGAUCCUGCCGUACAUUUUCCACCUGGUCCAUGACCCAGCGCCUCGCGUCCGAGUGUCAGCGAUUCACACGCUGACAAAGUGUCUCUACUUGGUGAAAAGCAUCCCACCAACCGACGUGAACAUCUUCCCCGAGUAUAUCCUUCCAGGCCUGGCCCAUGUGACUCAGGACGAAGCGGUCAUAGUCCGCGCAGCUUACGCGGAAAACAUCGCGCACUUGGCGCAUAUAGCCUUAAGAUACCUGGAGAACGCGCACCUGACCAACCUGGGAAACAAAGAAGGCCCGAAGCCCAGCUACGACAGCGAAUUGCAAACUCUGCACGAAAUGGUCCAGCAGUCGGUAUCAAUGUUGUUAACAGACUCUUCAAACCUAGUGAAGCAGACCUUGAUGGAGAGCGGGAUCAACAAGCUCUGCGUGUUCUUCGGCAAGCAGAAGGCCAACGACGUGCUGCUGAGCCACGUGAUAACCUUCUUAAACGACAAAGAAGACAAGCAGCUCCGUGGAUCCUUCUUCGAGUGCAUCGUCGGCGUGGCGGCUUACGUCGGCUGGCACAGCAGUCCAAUCCUGAUGCCACUGCUCCAGCAAGGACUGACCGAUCCUGAGGAAUUCGUCACCAGGAAGGCCAUCAACGCCAUGGCGACGCUCACCGAGCUCGGGCUGCUUCACAAGUCCGCGUUAUACCAAUUAUUAGCAGAGACCGUUGUAUUCUUGGUGCAUCCUAACUUGUGGAUCAGACACGCGACUGUAGGCCUCAUCUCAGCCGCGGCAAGGACGCUCAAUCUCGUGGAUGUCCAGUGCAAGGUCCAGGCGAUGAUCCAGCCGUACCUCAAGCACUCGCUGAUCCAGAUCGAGAAAGAAGUUCUAGUUCUUGAAGCUCUAAUCCAACCGAUUCCACGGGUGGUUUAUGAUUCGGUGAUUAAGUAUCAUGAUGUUGAAGAACUGUUCCGGGCGUUCGAGGAACGCAAAGCCGCCAGGUCCAAAGCUAUCACUGGAAGCGUUCCGCAGUACAGUGAAACUUCCACGUCGCUGAGGAACCUGUUCCGAAGGUUAAGUUCCGAGUCUAUGACUGAAACUGUUGAAGAUCAGCUACUAGCGAUGAAAGCGCACUUGAUAAAAAUCAACAAGUACAGAAUUUCCGCUGAUAAUAAGCACAAUGCCAUGAAAUCAGUAACAGAAGGCAAGCUUGAAUUGAGCAUGAUCAAAGACUCCAUUCGCCACCACGUGGUUGUUCUUUACCCGGACUCCAAAAACGAUAUUGGAGUUAAUUAUAAAAAAUUCGACCGGAGAACUUCUGACAGUACCGGGAACUAUACAAUGAACCAAGAAUGGCGGACGAUGUUCGCAGCUCAGGAUAAUAACCACUCGAAUAAAAUGUCUGAGCUAACAAGCAGCAGUCCUUCCCCAACAAUUCACAGCGGAGAUAUUCAUCUCUCGCCGCAGCACAGUUUAACUGAUAUAAACAGCAUGAACGACCAUUCGCUCCACGAGAGGUCGUACAUUCAGUACCGCUGCGCCCCCUGUCGGCUGGAACUGAGACAACUUACUUGCCGCAAGCAGGAACAGCACGCGGCGGCGCUCAGAGCGCAGCACUGGGCGGACAAUAUGGCCUGGCAUGGAACGAGAUUGUUGUCCAGCAGUUGGAGACCCAGAGGAGUUCCUGUGGCGUAUUUGCACGAACACCGCGCAGCGGUUAACAGGUUAGUGUCCAUUCCAGAUUCCGGAUUGUUCGCGAGCAGCGCCGCGGACGGGUGUGUCAGAGUUUGGGACGCGAGCAAGAUGGAAGGCAAGAAUCUUGCCAAUAGGUCGCGCCAGACGUAUGUUCACCGCGGUGGCCCUCUGGUGGGACUGGCGGUUUGCGAACAGGGCCAAUCUCUGGCCAGUUCCGCGAGCCAGUCGGGGUCUUUGUUUGUUUUGAGGUUAGACAAUGGAACCAGUAAGAUGAGCGUGGUUUCUUCCAAGCAGUUGGAUGUUACGAAUGAAGGGUGCGCUGUGGAUCUUCAGUAUUUAGACUCGGGCUCGCAGUCGGUGUUGGUUUACGCUACGCUUUAUGGUUCGCUAAUUGGCUGGGAUUUAAGGUGUCCUGGAACGGCUUGGCGGCUGGAAAACGACCUUAAGCACGGGGUCAUAACCUCUUUUUGCGUGAAUAAUUAUCAGCAGUGGCUGGCGCUUGGAACCAGUUCUGGAGCUCAUAUUUGUUGGGAUUUAAGGUUCCAGCUGCCGAUAAGUAACAUCAAGCACCCAACUGGCGCCAGGGUUAGGAAGGUCAUCACCCACCCGACGGAACAAUCUUGGAUUAUCUCCAGUGUUCAGGGGAACAAUGAGAUCUCCAUGUGGAACUUGGAGACUGGAUUCCGCCAGAUGGUGCUCUGGGCGUCCAGCGCGCCACCUUUGAGUCAUUCUCAGGAAGGUCACAGUAUUUGCGGAAUGCACGCUGGUUCCACGGACAGAUCCGGGUUCCUCCUGGCAGGGGGCACUGACAUGCGUUUGAGGUUCUGGGAUCUGAACACGCCGAACGAGUCGUAUGUGGCGCUGCCUGCUGCUUCUGAUACUAUAGCGCCGAAUUCUUUGGCGUACGAACAGCGGCUCAUUGAUGGAACUAAUGUUGUUCAAGAGGUUAUUGCGGCUACUGGGCCUAUUUCUACUGGCGCGAGAGUCAGGUCUGAAGAGGGCGUUGCUCCGCCAUUAGAAGCGCCAAAUCCGGGACACCAUGAUACUAUUUCGGCGGUUGCUAUGUCUAAUACUUGUAUUCUUACUGGUAGCACUGAUGGAUUAAUUCAAGUCUGGAAGUGAUAUUUUUUUUUAUUUUUUUUUUAAGGUUAUGUGUUAGAGUUUCAUUUAAAUAAUUAUUGGUGUAUAUUUUUAAAAAAUGAAACAAACUGACUGUAAAUCUCCUGUGACCUAUUAGAUACUCUGGUAAGAUUUAAUAUAAAUUAUUUUUGUACAUACGUGUGAGUGUGUGAGUGAUAAUAACAAUUAUAAAAUUAUA